GGAGUCAUGUCUAUUAUCAACACAUCGCAGGGUGAAAUCACCACCUUCCUCUUGGUUGGGUUGCCAGGGCUGGAAUAUGCACACAUCUGGAUCUCCAUCCCCAUCUUCAGCAUGUAUUUCAUUGCCAUUCUGGGAAACUGCACCAUCCUUUUUAUCAUUAAGACAGAGCCCUCCUUACAUGAGCCUAUGUACUAUUUCCUUUCUAUGCUGGCUUUGUCUGACUUGGGCUUGUCUAUCUCUUCUUUGCCCACCAUGUGGAGAAUCUUCUUGUUUAAUGAUGUUGAAAUUUCUGCCAAUGCUUGCUUUGCCCAGGAAUUCUUCAUCCAUGGAUUCUCAGCACUGGAGUCAUCAGUCCUCCUGAUCAUGUCCUUUGACCGCUUCCUAGCCAUCCACAACCCUCUGAGAUACAGCUCCAUCUUUACAUCAGUCAGAGUUGCCCAACUAGGAAUGGUAUUCUCCUUUAAGAGCCUCCUCCUGGUUCUUCCCUUUCCCUUCACUUUGAGAAGUUUAAAAUAUUGCAAUAAAAGACAAUUGUCUCAUUCUUACUGUCUCCACCAAGAUGUCAUGAAGUUGUCCUGCUCUGAAAACAGAAUUGAUGUCAUCUAUGGCUUUUUUGGGGCAGUCUGUCUUAUGGUAGAUUUUAUGCUCAUUGCUGGGUCUUACAUCUUGAUCCUCAAGACUGUGCUGGGAAUUGCAUCUCGAAAGGAGCAGUUCAAGGCCCUCAAUACUUGUGUUUCACACAUUUGUGCAGUGAUCAUCUUCUAUCUGCCUGUCUUCAACCUGGCCAUUGUCCAUCGCUUUGUCCGGCAUGUCUCCCCCCUCAUUAAUGUUCUCAUGGCAAAUGUUUUCCUACUCGUGCCUCCACUGAUGAACCCAAUUGUUUAUUGUGUGAAAACUAGGCAGAUCAGAGUGAUAGUUGUAGCAAAACUGUGCCAGAAGCAGAUGUACCAUUGA